AUGAUAGGGAAGUCGGCAGACAGCAAUCUCCGAUCAGGGUCAUUGCUUCUCCGAGACUCACGAUUGAGGAUUUUGGGAGAUAAAUCGCCGAUUCGAAAAGUGCGGGGCUUGGAAUCCACCACCGAAUCAAACUCCGAGUAUGUCCCCUCCAAGACUCAGCACAACAGUCAUAAUACUGAGGAGUGCAUAAGCCUGAGGAAAAUCGUGGAACGUUUGAUUCGGGAGGGAAAGCUAGAUCAAUACAUUGCCAGACCACCGCAAGCACCAGUCCUAAACGGGAACCGACAGAUAAAUAUGAUCAACACUAUCAGCGGGGGCCCCACCCUUGCGUGUACGAGUAACCGUUCGGUGAAGCAAUAUGUACGGGUUGCGCACUACCCUCAAGUCUUCGGCAUAAAAGUCAACCGGCACCACAAAGUUCUGAAGGUAGGGUGGGAGCCCAUCACAUUUUAUGAAGAAGAGGAAGAAGGGAUCCUUUGCCCCCAUGAUGACCCGAUGAUCAUUCGAGCUGAUAUCACCGACUAUGAUGUAGGGCGGGUACUGAUCGACAUCGGAAGUUCGGUAAAUGUAAUUUUUGCCGUUGCUUUCAGAGGAAUGGGAAUAUCAGGAUGCGAAUACAUUAGUCAAGAAGUGUGA